AUGGUCACCAUCAGUUUUCGCAACUGGCUCAUUUUCUUCAUCGCUGCCGUAGUAAUCGUGAUUCCACAAGAUUGUAACUGUAACUUCACGGAAUCAUCAAACGCAUCACAUUCUCGCGUGAAACGCUUCCUAAACUUUGUUAUCAAUGGUGGCGUAGCAAAAGUCGUAGUAGGCGGAGUGUUUCCGGUUCGAUUUCAUCACAAGCUGAAGCGCAGUUUGAACUGUGCUGUGAAUGUUCAGGCCAACUACGUCAUACCACCGACGAUUAUCUGGCCCGUCCCGGAGGAUGUUUUCAAGGAGCGGCUAAACAACGACUUUGUAGAUAACAGUAGACCCCAGUUGUAUCAACUAUUGGAGCAUAUGAUUGACGGAUGGGGGCGUAAUGGGCGAUCGUGCGUACUAAGAACGAUUUGCGAGGUAGCCGACACACCGCUCAGUCAUAAUGGGAUGUUUGGAGAAAUUUUAGAUGUGAUAUUUACACCUAGUGAGACAGACGUGAUGGACAGUGAGUACAAACAGGCACGGCAGUACGGUUUGCAUGGCGUUAGUUGUUCAAGAGCCUUCAGCGAAUGUCCAGACGGGCACGGAAUUCUCGACGUAAUCUCUACCGUUAAUCUUUUCAAGUUUUGA